CGUGAACUGUGAAGUCGAAGUGUUGCUUAAAACGGUCUUGAUUAUUAGAUUUCUCAUUUAUUCCUUAUUGAUUUUUUGGUGAGGACAAUCCUUAGAGAACCUUUAUAUCCUUUUGAAUUGUUAAUUUGGUUUUAGUGUGUCUUAUCUCUCUGAUUUCUUUUUUUAAGAGUGGGGCGUUUUGCAACAGACGUACAUUCUUACGAUUUUUGGUGAGGUAGGCAAGUCAAAGUCCUUGGCCCCAAAAGCUGAGUAGGCUACAAGUUUAGUAUUUUGACAGACAUCUAGGUGUCGCUUUUUCACCAAAAUGGAAAACGUAUCUAAUAUAACUACUUCCCCGGAUGAUGGGGCUGGAGAGAAAUUAAUGGAUGAAAAGAAUGGACACAAUUCAAAAGGAAUUGAAGUUAAAUAUAUGACACCAACAUCGCAAAAUGGAGAUGCGAACAUCAACAUUGACAACUUGAAAUCAGCAUUUGCAGGAAUGGGAAAAGAGGAACUAAUGAAGUUUGCUAGUGAUCCUUUCUGGGUUAGAACAAGAUGGUUUCUUUUCAUUUUGUUUUGGCUUUUAUGGAUUGCGAUGCUGGCUGGAGCAAUAGCAAUUAUCGUCCUUGCUCCAAAAUGUGCUCCUCCAACUCCUAGAGAGUGGUGGGAACAAAGUCCCUUGUACAAAGCAAACCCAUCAACAUUUGCUAAAGAACCCACCAAGACACAAGGAGACCUUAAGUCAUUUACUUCAAAGCUUGAGUACCUUAGCAGCCUUGGAGUCAAAACCAUAGUAAUCUCCAAUAUUCUUAAAGUCUCUGAUGAAAGUUCAGAUGGAAAUGAUGAAUUCAAGAAUGUUGCGCCCUCUUAUGGUACUCUUGCUGAUCUGAAAUCUCUCAUCACUGCGGCCAAAGACAAGGGUCUGAAGCUAUUGCUUACUCUAGUACCAAACCACUCAUCUCUGAACAAUCCUUUCUUCAAUAAAUCUGCAUCAAGAGAUACACAGUACUCAUCAUUCUACGUUUGGGCUCCAGCCAAAGGACAGGAUAACGAUCAAAAACCCAUUCCUCCAAACAAUUGGCUUAGUAAAAGUGGUGGGUCAGCAUGGGAAUGGAAUGAAAAGAGAGGAGAAUUUUAUCUUCAUCAGUUCGAUAAGAAUGAACCCGAUUUCAACUUUCACAACCCUGAUGUCAUCAAAUUCUUUAAUGAGGUGAUGCAGUUUUGGUUGGAUUUUGGAUUUAGUGGUUUCGUCUUUGAUCGCACACCUUACUUGAUAGAAGACAAAGACCUUCGCAAUGACACCCAAAAGAGAGAUUUUGGUACUGCCACUCACAUGGACUAUGAGUUUUAUGACCACAUCAACACAGAAAACGUUCCAGAACUUGCUCCAUUACUUCGCACCUGGACUGCUUUUGUUUCUAACCACUCAGGAAUCCUGGUCGUGGACGGUGUAACAACAGCAUCAAACCAGUCAGUGGCACAUCUGGUGGUGAAGCCUCAAGUGCUAGAAAAGUACCCAACAUUCUCAGCUGAUGACCUCGUCAAUAUCAUCACCACUGCUCGUCAAAACAAUCCCUGGCCGGCAUGGCAGAUCCAAGUGAAGGAUGAGCCUGAAGGCAGUGCUCUGUCCCAAGGAAUGUUGCUCACCUCCAUGCUACUCCCUGGGAUACCCAUCACUGUAGCAGGACAGGAGCUGGGCAUCAGUGAUCUCAGUGACAUUCCAUGGGACAACACCACAGAGAGUGGUGCCGGUGGCAAAGAUGUGAUGAGUCAACAGAAGAGUGACCACAGCUUCUACAGCGCCUAUAAGGAGCUAGUCAAGGCUAGAGAAUCUCCGUCUAUACUGUACGGAUCCCUGGACCUGCAUGUCUUCAACAGCUCCUCCGUCCUGUCCUACACCAGGUUAAAGAGUGGCAACCCUGGGUACCUGGUAGUGUUCAACACAGGAGCUGAGGAGACUGUAGUGGACGCUCGCCAACUGCCCAGUGUACCUGACGAGCUGACAUUGCUGCUCACUUCCGACGCCAGCCCCAUGGCUGAAAAGACCAAGGUUCAGAGUGAAGAAGUGUCUCUUCCAGGCCGAGCAGUUGCAGUUUUCAGCUUUGUUCCCAAAGCUAAAGAUUAAACUCAAUCCCUAUUGAUAUUAGAUUUGAUCAUUUUAACUGAUGUACGUAAUUAUUAGUGUUUGUAACCUUUUUUUUACUUAAUGUGCUUUUUUUGUUUUACUAUUGCAGUUAACCGUAGGUGUUCAUUGUGUGUAGGUAGUCUAUAACAAUUAAAUGUUGCAAUUGAA